AUGGCCGCUAAUUCUUUUACACCACCGUCAUCCUCAGACUACUAUGCAGUGGACACCGACCAGCGCGUGAUGCACGAGCCCGAGUCUCUGGACAUGACAUCACUUCAGCCCAAGAAAAUCCCGGUCGAACAUAUCUCGCCGCUCUGGGACCUCGGCCUAGUUCACAACGACAGAAAGACCGGCAACAUUAUGUUCACAUAUAGCGAUGGUGGACGCUUCGUCAUUAUCGACUUUGACUCAUAUGUUCGCAGGGGCGGUGCACUCCCGAUAAAGCAGGGCCACAUGCCCCCAAGCGCGAGUUUUUCAAAUUUUGAAAAUGAUGACUUCGCAUUUCAAAAGAUGGUGAAGGAACUAGAUCUUGCCGAGCCGAAGGAUGAGGCCCAAAAGGAUGAAUAG